AUGGGAAGCGAAAUCCCCAUCCCCGACGGCCUAAUUGAGGAGCCACUCGACCACGCCGUAGAUAUCAUUGGCGAAACCUUUAAAGACGAUCCUUUCCAGCGCUACGUGCUCAUCGACGACCUAGCCAAGAAAGGGGAAACAGAAGUUAGUUAUGAAUACAACAGGGAGAUCUUCGCAGAAGUGAUUCCGGGGAUGGUGGCAGGUGGGGCGCGGAGUAUUACUGUUGCGGGGAGUGGCAUCUCAAGUGUAUGGCGUCUCGAACCCAUAACAGACGAACCCAUCAUCUCCCCGCACUACCCGCCCGCCGUCACCGAACUCAACCUUGCCGCGCACAAGACUAAGAGACAACAUCUACCCCCAACCGCAACGCACAUGCUGCAUCUUUCCUUGCUGGGAAACUACCGCGAGCACCCCUCCAACGACAAGAGUCAGAAUCACAAAGUUAGCGAGGUGAUGAGACCAGUGCUCAAGAUGGCAAAGGAGAAGGGCUGGCCGGUUGUGCUGGAGGCAACGUCGGAGAAGGAUAACAUAGACUACGACUACCUCAAAGAGCUUAUCAAGCACCAGACCACUCCAGGCACGAACAAGGCCGUCUCCAUACCCGGCCAAGGCGAGAGCACAGAGCGGGCCUUUGGCGACACCUUCUUCAAGGUCCUCGCGGAACAACAUGAUCGCAUCAACCUAUUCAUACGAAGCAAGAGCGGCGAGAUCGAGCGGCGGCUAGAGCACUUCAGCAAGACCCUACAGCAACUACGCGCGAAACGCGAUCCGGCAAGCGGGCGCCUCCCCGCCCGUACCGUGGAGAGAUAUGCGAAGAUCGAAGCAGACGUCCUGAGGACCGGCGAGGAAAUCAGGUCGCUAUCCCGCUUCCAAGUUACCCAACGAACAGGCUUCGUUAAGAUCCUGAAGAAAUAUAAGCGCUGGACCAAAGAUGGAGAGCUUGCCUACGUUUUCAAGCAAGAGAUCAGUAGUCGCCCGGACAGCCUUUUUCAGCUAGACCUGGGCUACCUGUUGGACCAGUUCAUCGACGCACUUGACACGCUCCGUUUGGCUUUCGAUGUCGAGGGUACAUCGGCAGCCAACGCUACCAGUGUUACUGGUCAGUCGCCGGCUGCGCGCAUAUCAAGAAGUUUGGAGAAAGGAGAUGAUGUAGACUUUGACCUAGCGCUGGAUACAGUGCCCUUGGGCUCCAAAGGAAGCAAAGCAACAUAUUGGAUACACCCGGAUCACAUUGUUGAGGCCCAGGUGUUGCUUCUUCAACACAUGCGACUUUAUAUCAACAAAGCAAGGCGUAAUUCAUCUUCCAGACCAACACCGCUUCGCCGCCACUCGUCCACGGCCAACAUGGAUCCGUAUGUUGGGAGCGAAGAUACAACUGGGCUUGUUGUUCUUGAUCACCCCGAGACAUUUGCAUUCAAGCAAAACGCAAGCACGAUAGGCGCGGCUGAGGAGAUGCAAGGGAGCAUUGGAAUCAAGGCAGCGGGGCAGGUACGGUGCUGUGCUUCGAGUCAAGCGGCGGUUAUUGUUUGUGACGAAGGCGAUGCGCAACACGCACCACCAUCCAGUGUCAAAACAGUAAAGAUGGAACGCAGAUAUCUGAAAAACUUCUUGGAUACAUCUGUGACUGAUGACAGUAUUAAGCAUUCGUGUUGCCCAAGGGAGAAUGCAUUGACUGUUCGGCAAUGGCUUGCUGAACACGCAUCAGCAAAGCCCAUUGCUGGUGCACUCUUGAAGCGAACUCGGUUUACUGGACUUCACAACAAUUCUGCAGGAGGUAUUUGGGCAACUCUGGACAAGGACAUCUCUUUGACAGAACAGCUAUUUGACGACCUCGACGGUGACGAUUGGACUGCAGCCGCCAAAUCAGAGUCGACCAAGCGGUUUCCUCAUGCCAUCCUAGAGAUUCGCCGUGAAGGCAACCAGGCUACGUCUCUCAUACAGAUGCUUGACCGAAGUCAUUUGGUUGAGCGUGUCCGAGGCUUCUCUUUAGAAGCACAUGCUGUGUGGGCUUGCUGCAAGCCAGGCGCCAUGUCUGCGCCUUUUUGGACUUCCCUCCUGGACAAGGACAUUCGCAAAUUACCAGAGCCCGUCCAACGACGGAGCCGCAAAGCUAGGGGUAGUGCCAGCGCUUCGGUAUCACAGAUGUCUCCUACAGCUACAUCCACAUCUAAUACUUCGUACGACGGCCACUCUAGCCCGCUUGCGUCACGCUACGAGGAGUCUUCUGCGACAUCGGUACAUGAGUUUGUCGAUCCGCCGCCACUGCAGGCAUUUAGGAAGAAGAGUCGCAAGCCCUACUCUGACUAUCCUCCCCCGAUGAUACGGGGAGAGUCUGAGGCAGAGGCACAGCCACGGUACUGGAACGAAUACGACCAUUCGGAAGACGAAGAAGGGGGCUAUUAUAUCUAUAUCGACCCCGAUGCGUCUGUGAAAUUUCCGGGACAGGAGUUUUUCGAGGCAUGUGCGAGGAAAACAAGAAAGCUGUUUGGGAUACAAGAGGAACCCGAAGAGGAAUCACUCUCUGGCAUUGAGGAUUCGGACGACGACGACAACGACACGGUUGAUUCAUCGCCCAUUAUCCACGCGGCAAAUUACGGAGCAAUUGAUUCGAGCAGGCAAGGCACAGAGGGAAAGGGCUAUUUCAGCACUCUGUUCCGGUCCUUGCGUGAUCCCCACCGCGACGCGGACAUUUUCAACGAGCGGCGCGCACUACUAGGCGAGGUCGAGAGUAACCAACACAAGGUUGAAAUGACCAAAUUACGGUUUUACUCGACAGCUCUGGGCGCGGCUGUAGUGUUGGAUCUCGUCUUGUGUCUGAUGACGGUGACGAGCCGGAGGAAGGAGCGAGGUGCUGUGGAUGCUGGCGUUAUGAUUGGUACUAUUUGUUCGCUUGUCUUGUGUGUUGUCGCUGUGAUCAGCAUGCAGACACGUAGGGAGCGGUUAGGAUGGGUGCAUCAGGGAGCAGUGCUGAGCAUCGCGGGUGCGGUGGUAGCGUUGGACAUUAUACUUUUGCUGUGGGUAGCACGGGUUUGA